AUGGCAAUUAAAAUAUUUACAAAUUUCUUUUGUUGUUUCCCGUUGGAAAAAUUUGGCAAACUCUUCGGAUAUAUCUACACAGGUGUUAUUGCUACUUUUGGAAUACUCUGCUUUUUAGCAAUAAUUGGAUAUUUGGCUAAUGGGAAUUUAGACUGGGAUACAAAGUAUGUUUACAUCAUGAUAAUGGCAACAUUUCUGCUGUAUGAAUUCAUGGGGACCAUUGGAGGGAUUUUAUUUGUCUACGGUGUCAAAGAAGAGAUACCAAAAAAACUUGUUUUGAUAAUUAUCAUGACGACAUUAGGAAUUCCACUUCCAUAUCUAGAGCUUUUCAGAGUUGAAAUAAAUGUGACUUCAAUUGUGAUCCUUUUCCUGAUUAUGUGCCUGCAUAUUUAUUUGUUAUUAUGUGUUAUUAGUGCAUAUUUUAUACUAAGAAAUAAAAAAAGUUUUCAGAGUAAAUCUGAACACGUGUAG